GGUUCUAUUAGUGUUUUGACCGCUUUCAACUUUUAAUCGCGUAAAAUGGGCGAUAUUGGGGACCCUAAGCAUUCCGUAAUUAAACAAAUAUUUGAAACAAUGAGUUAUGGAGACGAUUUCGAAAACCUGACUGAAGCGACAGAGUGGCUCAAGACCAAAGAAAAUCGCAUAUUUCUCCAUAUUGAUAAAAAAGAUGAAACACCAAAUGGAGAACCCUUAUCAAUUAAAAAUAUCAACAACAAAGAGAGUUUAUGUGAGAUUUAUGUCCCUGAAGCAGCUACAAUUGACGCAGUUUUGAAAAAGUUAGGGGGGGCUAAAAAUGCAUGGGCUGAGGUCGCCCCCUUGAAACGAGCAGAAAUCAUUCACAAAUUCGGGGGCGAGAUUUGCAAGAAACAGGAUUUAUUCACACAGCUUGAAGUUGCAGUUCGUGGCAUUCUCAGUAAAGACACUAGAAAAAGCUUACCGUUACUUACCGACUGGUUGCAAUACUAUUCCAGCUUCAGUGUAAAGUGUAAUUCGAAAAAUUCUUCAUGGAAACCCGAGGGCUUAGCCGUGGCAAUUUUAUCAGAUGUGAACUCGCUAGCGACCUUUGGCUACAUACUGGGGCCUUGUUUAGCCGCAGGUUACAAUGUAGUGCUCCAGACUGGUCCGCAACUUUCUCUAGUUGCGUCCCUUUUGAUUGAGAUUGCAAUUCAAGCGGGAAUACCAGACGACACUAUUCGAUUAAUACCGGGGGAUGUGGACUUUAAUAUAUUUCUAAUCCACCCCCAAGUGUCCGUAAUUUCAAUUUUUGAUGAUCUUUACAAAGAAAAAUAUUUAAUAGCAAACCAUUUUAAUAAGAAAUUGAUCAAUUUUUAUUCGUCGGGCAUUCCAAUGAUAAUUUUUGAAAACUGUGACUUGGAUUCAGCGUGUCAUGCGGUGGUCAAUGCAGUUUGGGGGUUCACCGGAAUGCUGCCUUGGUCCGUACGGAAUAUUUUUGUUCAGGAAAACGUUUUCGAAACAUUUAUCCAAAAAUUGAAACACAAAGUUGGUGAAAUAAGAGUGGGACAAAGCGACCAAAAAAAUUUAGAUAUUUCGUCAUCACUUGAUAAUAAAACGUUGCAAAAAUUGGUGAAAAUCAUUGAAAGGGCGAAGGAUGAGGGCGUGGAAGUGUACCAACCAAACAAUAACGCAAUUCCGACUCUAUUCAUCGGAGGCAACGUUUUCCACAAUAAUGUUAUAGUUGAGGAUGCUAUUAAAGUCCCAAUUGUAACUUUAACAGCUUUUCGAACGAUUAAUGAAGCCGCUGCAUUGUCAAACAACACUAAGCAAGGCCUAGCGGCUUCAGUAUGGACGGAAAGUACGAGUUUAGCAAACGAAAUAAUCGAAAAACUCAAGGUCGGAACAGUUUGGAUCAAUUCUCAUGGUUUAUUCGCCCCCGAUAUUCCCUUUUCACCGUUCAAAAGCAGCGGAAACGCUUUCUUCGGCGGAACUGAAGGAUUCUACGAAUACGUUGAUACAAAAAACUUGAAAACCGAGACACCUUCACAAGUGCGAAACGCUACCAGCAUGGAAAAAGCCAUAAAUGAGGCAAAAAAGGCCCAAAACGCCUGGUUCAAACUUGACCACUUUGAACGAACGAAAAUUCUUCAAACAGUGGCUCACGAAAUCCAAAACAAAGUAUGGGGUUUACCCGACAAUUGGAUAAAUAAUUGGGUCACCCUGAUCCACGAUUGCCUUUCAAAUCACUCGUUAAAUAUUGUUACGAAAAAACAAAGCUUCAAUGUUGUAACAAUGCGAGAACCUUGCGGACUUAUCGCGAUUGAAAUUUCCGACGAUAAAGAAACGCAUAACAAAAAAAUGAUAAUUGCGGCUUUAAUUGAAGGCAAUUCUGUUAUUAUUCUCAAUGGUGCCAAAGACACGAGUGAUUUUUACACAUUCGUUGCGAAACUGCUCCCAAAGGGCGUUCUAACGCUCGUUGAACAUUCACAAGAGGCUACGAAAAUUGCAGCGUUACAUAAGGAGCUGAAUGUUUAUUUUGGGGAAAGGAACAAAGUUUUUGGCUCCUUGCCGCUAAAAACCUCAAGUAAAUUUAAAGUGGUGCAAACGGACGACUGGAAUUGCGUCCGCAACAAAGUCACUCUGGUUAAAAGUGUUUGGUUCAAUAAGGGAACAUCUGUUUGAAAAUUUGAAAAAAUAAACUACUGUUGCAGAUA